AUGAGCUCAUCUGCAAGACCUUUGAGCCUUUCACACGGCUCAAUUGAGCAUGUUUUAUCCAUCCCAACCACCUCUUUCUUCACUGCAUCCCAAUUGCAAGAUCAAUUCCACAGACAAUUGCCAGAAGUUACUGAAGGGUUUGCCUCUGACGACGAACCAACCUCUCCUGCAGAAUUGUUGGCAAAGUUCUUGGGUUACGUUUCUUCGUUAGUCGAUGUUACUACAAAGGGCCAGUUUGACGAUGUCUUGGAAAUUGCCCUAUCGGAUUUUGAAACCAACUAUUUACAAGGUAACGAUAUCCAUACAUUGGCUUCAAGAUUGUUGCAAUCUGAAGAUAGCACCACCACUUUGGAAAAGGUCAAGGAAUUAAUUAAGAACUACUACAACGCCAGAGUAACGGCUAAGAAACCUUUCUCGAAAACUGAUUCCGCUCUAUUCAAGGCUGUUGCCAGUGGCGAUGCCAAGCUAGUCUCCAUUUUCGGUGGUCAAGGUAACACAGACGACUAUUUCGAAGAAUUGCGUGAACUGUACCAAACUUAUAACUGCUUGAUUUCCGAUGUUAUCAAGGCAGCUGCUAACACACUUGGUGAAUUGGUCACUAGAACUGAUGACACCGAAAAGCUUUAUACCCAGGGCUUUGACAUUCUAACCUGGUUAGAACAACCUCAAAAGACACCAGAAACCGAAUACUUGUUGUCAAUCCCAAUUUCGUGCCCAUUGAUUGGUGUUAUCCAAUUCGUUCACUACGCUUUAACUGCAAGAAUUUUGAACUUUACCCCAGGUCAAUUGAGAGACAGUUUGGUAGGUGCAACCGGUCAUUCCCAAGGUUUGGCUACAGCUGUUGCCAUUGCCGAAGCUGAUUCUUGGGAGUCAUACUUCAAGGCUAUGGAGAAGACUAUCAAACUUCUCUUCUUCAUCGGUGUCAGAUGUUACCAAGUCUACCCAAAGACUUCUCUACCACCAUCUAUGUUGGAAGACUCUGUGGAGAACGGAGAAGGUGUCCCAACCCCAAUGCUGUCCAUUUCUAACUUGACAAAGGACCAAGUUCAAGACUACGUCGACCAAACCAACGCCCAUUUACCAGAAUCCAAGCACAUAGUCAUUUCUUUGGUUAACGGUGCAAGAAAUUUGGUUGUCUCUGGUCCACCACAGUCUCUAUACGGUUUGAACUUGACUCUAAGAAAGGCGAAGGCUCCAGCAGGCUUAGAUCAAGCAAGAAUUCCAUUCAGCGAAAGGAAGUUGAAGUUCUCUAACAGAUUCUUGCCAAUCGUUUCUCCAUUCCAUUCCCAUUUGUUGGAACCAGCUAAUGCUUUAAUUGAACACGAUUUGGCAGCUGCUGGAGUUGAAUUCAAAGCAUCAGACUUGAAGAUCCCUGUUUACGAUACUUUCAACGGAAAGGACUUGAGAGAAUCUAAGGAAUCAAUCGCCCAGAGAGUUACAUACUGUAUUACCAGCUUGCCAGUUAACUGGGAAGAAACUACGAAAUUCCAAGCCACCCACAUUCUUGAUUUCGGUCCAGGUGGUGCCUCUGGUUUAGGUGUUCUAACCCACCGUAACAAGGAUGGUACCGGUGUUCGUGUUAUUAUCGCUGGUGCUCUAGAUACUAAUCCAGACGACGAAUACGGUUUCAAGCAGGAACUCUUCGAUAUCACUAACAAUGGUUUAAAGUUCUCCGUCAACUGGUUGGAACAAUUCCAUCCAAAAUUAGUCAAGACUAAGGCUGGUAAGGUUUAUGUGGACACUUCAUUCUCCAGAUUGUUGGGUAGAGCCCCAUUAUUGGUCCCAGGUAUGACUCCAACCACUGCUUCAACCGACUUUGUUGCUGCUACAAUUAAUGCUGGUUACCAUAUCGAAUUAGCCGGUGGUGGUUACUUCACUGCUGAAGGUAUGACCAAGGCUAUCGAAGACGUAGUUAGCAAGAUUAAGAAGGGUUAUGGUUUAGGUAUUAACAUGCUUUAUGUUAACCCAAGAAUGUUGCAAUGGGGUAUUCCAAUGAUCAGAGAAUUAAGAGAAAGAGGUUAUCCUAUCCAAGCUUUGACUAUUGGUGCCGGUGUGCCAUCAUUAGAAGUUGCAGCUGAAUACAUCGAAACUUUGGGUUUGACUCACUUAGGUUUGAAGCCUGGUUCUAUUGAUGCGAUUUCCCAAGUUAUUGCUAUUGCCAAGGCCCACCCUAACUUCCCAAUCGUCAUGCAAUGGACUGGUGGUAGAGGUGGUGGUCACCACUCUUUCGAAGAUUUCCACGCUCCAAUUUUGCAAAUGUACUCUAAGAUCAGAAGACAUCCAAAUAUCUAUUUGAUUGCUGGUUCUGGUUUCGGUUCUGCUGAAGACACUUACCCAUACUUGACUGGUGAAUGGUCUAAGAAAUUCAACUAUCCACCAAUGCCAUUCGAUGGUUUCUUGUUUGGUUCAAGAGUGAUGAUUGCAAAGGAGACUAAGACCUCCCCAGCAGCUAAGCAAACCAUUGCUGCAUGUACCGGUGUCCCAGAUUCUCAAUGGGAACAAACUUACAAAAAGCCUACAGGUGGUAUUGUCACUGUUCGUUCUGAAAUGGGUGAACCAAUCCAUAAAAUUGCUACCCGUGGUGUUAUGUUGUGGAAGGAAUUGGAUGAUCAAUUCUUUACCCUACCAAAGAACAAACUUCAAGCUGCCUUGGAUGCUAAGAGAGACUACAUUAUUGCUAGAUUGAAUGCUGACUCUCAAAAGCCAUGGUUUGCUACAGUUAACGGUGAGGCUCGCGACUUAGCAGAUAUGACAUACGAAGAAGUUGCAAAGAGAAUGGUAGAAUUGAUGUACAUCAAAUCAGUUAACCGUUGGAUCGAUGUCUCUUUGAGAAACUUUACUGGUGAAUUCUUGCGUCGUGUGGAAGAACGUUUCACUAAACAAAAGACGGUGUCCAUUAUCCAAAGCUUUGCUAUUCUUGAUGAACCUGAAAAAGCCUUGGUCAAGGUCUUUGAUGCUUACCCAGCCGCUAAGGAACAAUUCUUGAAUGCUCAGGAUAUUGACUACUUCUUGACAUUAUGUCAGAGACCAACACAAAAGCCUGUUCCAUUCGUUCCUGUUUUGGAUAGCAGAUUUGAAUUCUUCUUCAAGAAGGACUCUCUAUGGCAAUCCGAGAACUUGGAAGCGGUUGUUGAUCAAGACGUGCAAAGAACUUGUAUUCUACAUGGUCCAGUUGCCGCUCAAUUCACUAAUGAAGUCGAUCAACCUAUUAAGACUAUCUUGGACAACAUCCACGAGGGUCAUGUUAAUAUGUUGUUGAAGGACUACUAUGGAAGCGACGACUCUAAGAUUCCUGUUGUUGAAUACUUUGGUGGUGAAGAACCAGAAGCUGUUGCCUACGACUCUUUGGAAUCUGGUAACAAGGUGACUUACCAAGCUUCCGCAUCUACUGACGUGUCUACCUGGUUCAAGUUAUUGGCAGGUACUGAAAAGAGCUGGAGAAGUGCCUUCUUCUCAACUCCUCGCGUCGUUCAAGAUUCUUUCCUGAUCGAAAACCCAGCAAAGAAGGUUUUCCAUCCAUCUGAUAACAUGGUUGUUCAAAUUGAAAAUGCUGACACUCCAGCAAAGACUGUUGUUACUUUAUUAGAACCUGUUCAAGGUGAAAUUAAGGCAACUGCGACUUUGAGAUUAGUCAAAGAUAAGCUAAUUCAAUUGGAUUUAAUUGAAAACAGAACCAUGGAUGGUACUCCUGUUGCCUUGCCUUUGUUGUUCAACUACAACAUUGAAGAUGGUUUCGCUCCAAUCAGUGAAGUCACUGAAGGCCGUAACAACCGUAUUAAGGAAAUGUACUGGAAGCUAUGGUUGGAUGAACCUUUCAACUUGGACUUCAACCCAAGAGAAACUAUCAAGGGUGGUGAAUUCACAAUCUCUGCUAAGGAUAUUUCUGAAUUUGUUCACGCAAUUGGUAACAACUGUGAAGAUUUCGUUGCUAGAUCUGGUAGAAAGAUGUUGGCUCCAAUGGAUUUCGCCAUCGUUGUUGGUUGGAGAGUUAUUAUUAAGGCUAUCUUCCCUAACGCAGUUGACGGUGACUUGCUAAAGUUGGUCCACUUGUCCAAUGGCUACAGAAUGAUCCCAGGUGCUUCUCCAUUGAAAGAAGGUGAUGUUAUCUCUACUUCUGCAGUUAUCAAGUCUGUUGUUAACCAAGCUAAUGGUAAGGUUGUGGAGGUUGUUGGUACUUUAACCAGAGAUGGCAAACCUGUGAUGGAAGUUAGCUCUUCCUUCUUCUACAGAGGUACAUACAAUGACUUCGAGUACACCUUCGAGAAGAUUGUUGAGCCUCUUUACAAGAUUGACAUUACUUCAGCUAAGGACAGUGCUGUCUUGAGAUCUAAGGAAUGGUUCCAAUUGGAUGAUGAAGACACCAACUUGUUGGGUAAGACUCUAUAUUUCAAGACAGAGACUGAAGUUACUUAUAAGAAUGCUACUGUGUUUUCUUCUGUCAAGUGCCACGGUAAAAUUUUGAUGGAAUUACCAACAAAAGAAACUGUUGAAAUCGGUGUUGUUGACUAUGAAGCUGGUGAGUCUCACGGUAACCCUGUUAUUGAUUACUUGAACAGAAACGGUUCAACUCUCGAACAAAAGGUCAAUUUGGAAAACGCUAUUCCAAUUGCUGUCAGAGAAACUCAAUCACCAAGCACCAAUGAACCAUAUGCUAGAGUGUCCGGUGAUUUGAACCCAAUUCACGUUUCUCGUCAUUUCGCUGCUUACGCUAACUUGCCAGGUACUAUUACUCACGGUAUGUACUCAUCCGCUACCGUUCGUGCAUUGGUUGAAACUUGGGCUGCUGACAACGUUUCUUCAAGAGUUCGUGCCUACAACUGUCAAUUUGUUGGUAUGGUUCUACCAAAUACCCCACUAAAGACUUCCAUUCAACAUGUCGGUAUGAUUAAUGGUCGUAAGCUAAUCAAGUUCGAAACUAAGAAUGACGCUGAUGAAACUGUCAUGACUGGUGAAGCCGAAGUGGAACAACCAGUUUCAACAUUCGUAUUCACUGGUCAAGGUUCUCAGGAACAAGGAAUGGGUAUGGACUUGUAUGCUAAAUCUGAAGUUGCUAAGCAAGUUUGGGAUAGAGCUGACUUACAUUUCAAGAGCACAUACGGUUUCUCCAUUCUAGAUAUUGUUAGGAACAAUCCAACUGAGUUGACUAUCUACUUUGGUGGUGAAAAGGGUAGAAAGAUCAAGGAGAACUACACUCAGAUGAUCUUCGAAACAAUUGUCGAUGGUGAAAUUAAGAGUGAAAAGAUCUUUAAGGACAUUACCGAAGAGACCACCUCUUUCACCUUCAGAUCUCCAACUGGUUUGCUCUCUGCUACCCAAUUUACUCAACCAGCCUUGACUUUGAUGGAAAAAGCUUCCUUCGAAGACUUGAAAUCUAAGGGUUUGAUUCCUGCUGAAGCUGCAUUCGCGGGUCACUCUUUAGGUGAAUACGCCGCCCUAGCUUCCUUGGCUGAUGUCAUGUCUAUUGAAUCAUUGGUUGAAGUUGUGUUCUACAGAGGUAUGACCAUGCAAGUUGCUGUUCCAAGAGAUGAAUUAGGAAGAUCUAACUACGGUAUGGUUGCCGUGAAUCCAUCAAGAGUGUCAGCUACUUUCUCCCAAGAAGCUUUGGAAUUCGUUGUCAAGGCCGUUAGCAAGAAGACUGAAUGGUUACUAGAAAUUGUUAACUAUAAUGUUGAAAACCAACAAUACGUUGCUGCUGGUGACUUGAGAGCUUUGGAUACUUUGACAAACGUCUUGAACUUCGUUAAGAUUCAAAAGAUUGAUAUCGCUAAGUUGCAAGAAACCUUGUCUCUAGAAGAAGUCGAAGGACACUUGAACGAAAUUGUUGAAGAAAUCUCUAAGAAAUCUGUAGCAAAGCCACAACCAAUUGAAUUGGAGAGAGGUUUCGCUUGUAUUCCUUUGCGUGGUAUUUCCGUUCCAUUCCAUUCCUCAUACUUAAGAAAUGGUGUCAAGCCAUUCAAGAACUUCUUGAUGAAGAACGUGACAAAGGAGAAUGUUAAGGCUGACCGUUUAGUUGGUAAGUACAUCCCUAACUUGACUGCUAAACCAUUUGAAAUCACCAAGGAGUACUUCCAAGAUGUCUACGAACUGACUGGUUCGGAAAAGAUCAAAGACAUUUUGGACAACUGGGAAAAGAUUGUUAACCAAUAA